UAAGAUGAGAGAGAAAGAGAGAAAGGAAUCGUGCAAUUGGGGCGUUAAAGGCACUGAACUGAAUCCUUACUCAAAAAUCAAGGAGAGAGUUUUUCUUCAUUUUGUCAUGGUUUCUUUCUGAAGCUAUUCUUCCUCUUAUUCUUCUUACAAACUAAUGGAGGCCAUUCAGAGAGAAACACUCGUCUCACUCUCAAAUUCUGUGAAAAAGUUAUUAGAAAAGAUUGUUUCUAAUCAGCUGGUCGACACGUUCCGGAUCAAGAAUGUUAACGCUUCACUUUCGAAAACGGUGAAGGAAACUCUGGUGGAUCUUCAAGAUGUUCUUUAUUAUGCUAAGUACAACCUCAUCCCCACUCAAGCUAACAACAAAUUGCUGGAUUUGCUGAGACGUGAUGUUCUUCAAGUUUCCAAUUUGCUUCACCAAACUAAUCUUUUACGGUAUGCUACCGUACUUACUGCUAAGCACCUCAAAAUUCAUUCUCGUUUAACUUUUUUCAUUGAGCUGAUUAAGUCUAGAACGGUCAAUUUAAUUCAAAUAUUACAAGGCUUAAGCAAACAAAUUGGUUAUGAAUCUGCUAUUUAUGGAAGAGACUCUGAUAUUCAGAAACUUAAACAUCUUUUGUUGUCUAGUGAUAGUAAAAUAAGAGUGAUUUCCAUUGUUGGUAUGGGAGGGGUUGGUAAAACAGCCCUUGCUAAACACCUUUACAAUCUUCCUCAAGUUAACCACAAAUUUGAGUCAAGAGUGUGGAUAGAUUUCUCAACUGAUGUUGAUGAUUUGAGUGUUUUUGAAAACAUUCCUCAAUCUAUUACUUCACAAACAACCAUUGAUGAUACAGCUGAUAUGAAUACCGUUUACCCAAAUUUUUUGCUAGUAUUGGAUGGUGUGUGGGGUGCAACAUCUGUCAAUUGGACGUUACUUAUGGAUAUCUUUAAUCUUGGGGAAACAGGAAGUAGGAUCAUUGUAACAUCAAGAGAUGAAAGAGUUGCACUAUCCAUGCAAACCUUUCUUUCUCUCCACCAUAUGACACCAUUGAAAGUUGAAGAUUGCUGCUCUUUACUUGCCCAACAUGCAUUUGCAGCACAUAACUACCACCAACGAUCCAAUCUAGAAGAAAUUGGCAGGAAAAUUGCAAGAAAGUGUGAUGGUUUACCAUUAGCUGCUGUAGCACAUGGGGCUCUUCUUCGCAUCUGGUCGGACCCGUAUGCUUGGAAUUAUGUUCUAGAAAGUAAAGCUCAGGAUAUAGCUUAUGAGGUGCAAGCUUCUCUCGAAUUGAGCUACAAUUUUCUUUCUGAUCCUUUAAAACGGUGUUUUCAAUUUUGUUCAAUUUUUCCAAAGAAGUCCAUCUUAGAAAAAAAGAUGGUAGUUCAGUUGUGGAUUGUAGCAGGCUUACUUGAAUCAUCGUCCACAGAUCAGGAAAAAGUUGGAGAAGAAUACUUUGAUGAACUAGUGUCAAGGUCGCUAAUACAUCGGCGAUCUAUUAGUGAUGAGGAAGGGAACUUUGGAAUGCACAACUUAAUCCAUGAUUUAGCUACAGAGGUUAUAUCUCCAGAAGUUUCAUCUCCACACUGUAUCAAUAUGGACAAAUAUAACCUAGAUUAUACGAUGCAUAAUUUCUCAUACAAUAGAGGGACAUACGAUUCAUAUGACAAAUUUGAUAAAUUAUACGGAUUAGAAGGUUUGCGUACCUUCCUAGCAUUCCCAUUACAAGAACAACUGCCUCUUUGUUUGCUAUCCAACAAGAUAGUACAUGACUUGCUGCCAAAAAUGAAACAAUUACGCAUGUUGUCUCUGUCAAGCUACAAGAGUAUCACCGAGGUUCCCAACUCUAUUGGAAAUUUGUUAUAUAUGCAAUACUUAAAUCUUUCUCACACUAAUAUUGAAAGGCUGCCUUCUGAAACAUGCAAGCUUUACCAUCUGCAGUUCUUGUUGUUGGCAGGUUGUAAAAGGCUCACUGAAUUGCCGGAGGACAUGGGAAAAUUGAUUAAUUUGCGCCACCUUGACAUUAGUAACACCGCAUUGAGGGAGAUGCCUGUACAAAUAGCCAAACUAGAAAAUCUCCACAAUUUGUCUGAUUUUGUUGUCAGCAAACAGAAUGGUGGAUUAAAUAUCGCAGAUCUAGGAAAACUUCCCCACCUACAUGGAAAACUUUCAAUCUCACAGCUACAAAAUGUUAAUGACCCCUUUGAAGUAGAUCGAGCAAAUAUAAAGAUGAAAGAACAAAUAGACGAGUUAUCUUUGGAAUGGGAUCUUGGUAGUACUUUUUUAGAUUCACAAAUUCAAAGUGUUGUACUUGAAAAGUUGCGAUCCUCAACGAAUUUGAAAAGUCUCACCAUCAAAGGCUAUGGUGGAAUCAGCUUCCCAAAUUGGUUAGGUGAUUCUUUAUUUAGCAACAUGGUGCAUUUAAGGAUCUCGAAUUGUAAUGAUUGUUUAUGGCUUCCACCUCUUGGACAAUUGGGUAAUUUGAAAGAACUCAUUAUUGAAGGGAUGCAAUCAGUGGAGACAAUUGGUAUUGAGUUCUAUGGAAGUGGUGGCUCUUCAUUUCAACCAUUUCCCUCUUUGCAGAUUCUACACUUUGAGAAUAUGGAAGAGUGGAAGGAAUGGGACUUGAUUGGAGGUACGACUACAACGUUACCUAAUCUAAAAACUUUAUCGUUAAGAAAGUGCCCGAAACUGAUAGCCGAAAACAUAACUGAAAAAUUUCCUUUCUUAACUGAACUUGAGUUGAGAGAAUGUCCUUUAUUGGUGCAAUCAAUUCCAUUAUUUGAUCAUGUAUUUGGGCAACUGAUGUUCCCUCUGAAUUCUCUUCAACAGCUGACCAUAGACGGUUUUCCAUCUCUUAUGUCCUUCCCAAAUCUUCAAUCUUUUGUCAUAGAUGAGUUGCCUAGCAGUUUACGGAAACUCUCUGUUGGCUCUGUUGGUGGGAUCGUGUGGAAUAACGAGCCAACUUGGGAACAUCUCACUUCUCUCUUGGAGUUGCGAAUCAACGCUGAUGAUAUGGUGAACACGUUGAUGGGGCCAUUGCUACCUACAUCGCUUGUGAAAUUGUGCAUUUGUGGUCUUAAUGAUACAAGCAUUGAUGAGAAGUGGCUUCAGCAUCUCACUUCUCUCCAAAACCUUGAGAUUAUUAACGCUCCCAAACUCAAGUCAUUGCCAAAGAAAGGAUUUCCUUCCUCACUUUCAGUACUAAGUGUGACUCGCUGUCCAUUACUAGAAGCAAGUUUGCGGAAAAAGCGGGAGAAAGAGUGGCGUAAGAUUGCUCACAUUCCCUCCAUAGUUAUUAAUGACGAAUUGAUCACAUGAGUCUUGUCCGGAAUUGUGUUUUGUGUCACCCCUGCUUCUUCCCAAUCUUGCUGUUGUAAGAAGCCAAAUUCACCUCAAAACCUGCCACCAGGUCCAGGAACAGAUGAAAAGGAGAAAACACCACUGACUCCAAAUAUGUUAGAUCUAGUAAGGGCUUCAAGUGUAAUUGAUGGCUUGCACAAAGAUAGUAGCAACGAUAUCUCUUUCUGUCAGGAGCGGAUGGGAAGGAGAAAUAGCAAUGUUGGCUAAAACAGAGAGCAUCACAGGGUUACUAGGAGUCCAGGGUACAGGAUUUCACUGCAGCUACCACAUUAAGAACAUGCACAAAUUAUCAAACUGUGGCCUAACUCGCUAUGAAGAUUGAAUUGUGUGUUACCAUUGCUGCCAUUUUUCCUUGGAAGUCGGUUAGGCUGAUACGGUUUGUAUUUGCUCAACUGGAGAGGUAGAUUUGUCCAGCAGUUUUCUCCACAAAUCUGAACUAUGUCAGAAUAACAGACUCUAAUUUCUAAAAUUGCUAUCUUUUCUCACACCGAAGAUUCAUAUCACUUGGUUUUGAUUUCUGACUCUAGCAUGGAUAAUUGUAAACCUACAAGCACUUCAUUGGAUCUUUUCAUCAAGCUCCAUCUAGAUGAUAGUCCAAUUCUUGAAAAUAUAUUACUUUAUCUCACCUUAUUAGACCAUGUAUUGCCUUUGCUAUUUAGUGGUUGAGUCAAUUCAUGUCUGAUCCUACUAAUAAUCACUACAUUGCUAUUUAGAAGCUA